AUGGCCAACGCGACGGGAGGAGUCAAGCACGCCAGCAAGGCGGCAGGUCCAAGGAAAUGGGUCAGAGAGCAUUGUGCCGAUGGGUUCGCAGACGACCCGUUCUUCGAUGCCGACGCUCAUGGAGUGGAUCUUCCCGUGUCAAUCCACCAAGGGGUGCACCCGGAAUAUCUCGAGAAGGGAACUGCGGGAAUAAUCGACUACUUCAAGAGGCAGCUGUUGUCGAAGUGGCUGCAGUCAACCGAGCUUUUCCUGGUGUGCUACGACCGACAGGAACUGGUGCCGGUAAUCAAAGGACAAGAGCAACUUGGGAGGACCGAGAAACUUGGGGAGUGCUCUCGGACCUUCGACCCGAAGUCAACGGGCCCUGUUCCUUCGUUACAGUAUGGACCAUGGCUUCGAGCCGAUGGCAAGGCGGCACGGGACGGAAUCGCCGCCUACCUCGCCAUGCGUGUGCUAGCUGAUGAAGUCUGGACCGGCGACACCAAUCCGAACGGAAUCGUCGCGUUCUAUUGCGUCGGAAGUGAGCCUGGUCUGAGUGCUGAUCAUCCAACUGUAGAUGCGGAGGGCGUAGGCCUUGAGAUGGGAGGCGUAGGUGCCACGGAGGCGCUUUCCGGAACCGAACCACUCCUUCACUUUCGAAAAGGAAACGACCAUACCCCUGGCGUCAAGCGGCAGCGAGGGCCAGACAUUGGCGAGGCGGAGCUCUCCUGGACCGUUUCAUCGGUAGACACGGACCUAUGGAUGACCAUUCUACUGGCGAUGGCCACUGGUUGGCUUCGGCCUCGUGGCGAGGGGGCGGUUGACGUGACUGUCCAGAAGGUCGUGGGUGGCGAGACCAAGUUCCUGUGGAUGAACAGAGUAUUCGCUAGCAUCUGCGAACUCCAGGACGGAAGCGAGUCCGCGUGGCCGCUUUUGACCUUCAGGGGCUGGAUUCCCACGGACAACAAGGUCCGUCUGUUCGUCCUAACGUUCCUGGAUUUGGGCUGUGACUACCUCCCGGCAAUUUCCGGGCUGCCGUUCGACAAGAUGUGGGUACUGGCCCUCAAGAGCGUGCGGACGGAGGGUUUGUUUGACAAGCCGCUGUUCUUCGAGGAGCAGGAUGGCAUGUGGGCCGUGCAUGUCGACGAAUGCGCGAAGCUUUUGGCGACCAUGUUCUUCUACAAGGUUGAAGCGGCGUUUGGCACUGCUCAUUUGGCUCCACCUCAGCUGGUCGAAAGCGUUGACGGCGACGUCGAGGGCUACGUGGACGUGACCCGCUACGCCAUCCUCGAACUCCCCAAGAAGCAGACGACAGCCACCUGUCCGUCUUCUUUUUCCUUGCGCAAGCAGGCAGAACGAGAUAACGCCAUCUUCCGGUACUGGCAGAAUGGCCUGAGGGGGACCAUGCCGGCGACAGAGUUUGCCGGCAAAGGAUGGAGCUUGGACCCACGAGGAAAGGGGAGCGACGGCGACGAACUCACAAAGGAGAACUGCGUGCUUGACCUGUCCGACCACCUGUCCAUUUUUUUUUCCCUGCGCAAGCAGGCAGAACGAGGUAACGCCAUCUUCCGGUACUGGCAGAAUGGCCUGAGGGAGGCCAUGCCGGCGACAGAGUUUGCCGGCAAAGGAUGGAGCGUCGACCCACGAGGAAAGGGGAGCGAAGGCGACGAACUCACAAAGGAGAACUGCGUGCUUGACCUGUCCGAGUGCACGAACAAGAAGUGCUCGCUCGCUUGCGGCUGCAGAAAUCGUUGCACCCCUACGGCGGGCGGCGCCGGCACCCGUGCGUGCAAGGGGGAGGAAUCGCAUGGAGCGGAACAGAAUGACGUGGAGGCGGGGACCCCCGAGUCGCCUGCGAGCAAGGGCGUUUCCGCUGGCGAGGCCGCGGAAUCUAAGAGCGCAGAGUUAGAGGACCUCGAGUCGAACGAGAACGACGACGGUUCGGUCGGAGCACUCGACGAUCUGAUCAAUUUGGAUUCGGGCAAAUCUGGCUCCAGCGAUGGGGAACCUAACGGGGUGAGCGAGAAGAGCGUCUACUCCAACUGGAGUGACGGAGACACAGAUGAUGGUGUUGCGGAUCUCGUAAUCGACGCCCGGAACUGAGAUCUGGCUACUUCUUCAAGCAGGGAGGUAGGUGGACGGGGGGGGUGUACUCAUAGUCGUGCAUGCCGUAGUCGUUAGACCAUUCACCUCGCAUCCCUACAAAGCCGGGACGGAGCACGCCGGGUUCUCACCCGACCAGGCUCUCACAUCGCCAAGCGAGAAGCGCCGUGAGGUAUUCGGCGAGUCGCAUGAAGGGUGCGCUGCAUCCUGCUAAGUAAGGGUGUUCGGCAUCUUGUGCUUACUUCCUUGCGUACGGAUGACAGCUGCGUAUGAAUUAAUUUUUUUUCUGGUGCUUUCACUUCCAGAGACAGUUGUAAGCACCGUGUAACUGCCUCGAGGGUGCUUGACCACUUUAACACAACGUGGUGCGAUCAUCCCCCUUGCGCGGAGCGAGGGUUCUCCACCCCGCACAACAUGAUCUACUCGACCACCAUUAUGUAUACCGCCAAAAAAAAAACCGGAGGGGCGUCACCCGCGGCGGGAGCUUCGGGUUUUUGACCAAUUGCUUCGGGUGUGUAAUCAGCGUGGCCUGUCCAAUCUGUCCUGCCUUGGUCCUGCCCUGAUGGUGCGGCCGUUGGAAUCCUUCGUGAUAGCGACGGUUUCUUUUAUGAUUUGAGUUUGAAGGCGAGGGUUUUUGAUCCGGAUGGCCGAGUUUUUCCCUUGUUGUUGUAUGAGUAACUUAAGUAGAUCUGGAGUAUCCAUGCCCCACUGAUGGUUUGUCAAUAGCUCGACGAACCGGGGAGGGUGUUCGUGUGUCUGGAUACGAGCGUGGUAGAUCUGCUAGCAGUGCGGGGGGGUACGGAGACAGGAGCAUGCGUAUGCCUGAAAAAGGCUACUAUGUGUGGGCCCCCUUCCCCGAAUUCGGGAUUCGGGAGGGCCACUUCUUCCCUUCCUUUCCUCGCUCCCGCGGGUGCCUAAUCAGAGAGAGAUAAAGCGUGUCUUCUCCUCCCAAGUACGGACAUACCAACAUGGGCAACCCGGGGAGGGCAGUUUUUUUUUGUGUGCGUUAUUCGUGUGGAGACAAAUAAGUAUUUCCUCGCGUUUUCGACACACCCAAUGCUCAGUGCGUACAUAGGAUUCUCAUCCUUUGAGAAGAAUACUUCAACAAUUAUAAUGUGUAGACUAUAUAUAUAUUGCCGGCCGUGCCUGUCCGCGUGCAACGUCAGAUAGCACAAGGUUAUCAGUGAUCAAGUUCCCUGUUAGUGUAGCUGCCGUGAUACUGUCGCUACUCCAUCGUCUCAUAGUUUUUUUGCUCCGGGAUUCCGGAGAGUUGUACUGCUGGGUGAGGGCCCCGAGUCAACAGGCACACGUGUGUGCGGUGCAACACCGCAGCAGGAGAGGGGGGCACCCCAACAGCAUUUCAGUUCAAAUCUAGCUGGCGCCAUUCAAAAGUACUCCACGUGUAGUAGUACACAGCACAAUUCCAAGCGCUGUACAACCGCAAGAUCAGCAGCUAACAUUUCCAAUGCUCGGUGUUGCCGGCGGCGUGGCAGGAAAUAAGCAUGAUGCCUGAAUGUCAAUGCAAGUUUUCAACUUCUUCUGUGUCUACCUCUUGAUUCCCGCCGCCAAUCAAGUUCAACCCUUCUGCAAUAUAAGUUGGUGGCGAUUGAUGCUGAAGUGGGCGCGUUCUUGUGGUUGGUCGCUUUGGCGGGUGCACAGCGGGGUGGUUGCGCCGCGUAGAUACGAGUCUCACAUUUUUUUAGGGGAGGGGCUGCGUGUUGCGCCGACAAGUUUGAAGCCUACAACAGUGGACGGAAUUUGGCAAGUCUUGGUUCCCUAGAUAACUACUAGAAUAGUCUACUGCUGAAAACCUUUAUCCUUGGGUGGAUGUACGCCGGUCGCGCUGCUCUUCUGUGUUACAGUAGCGGCUACGGUUGAAGAGAGGGUCGGUACAAGCCAAUUUCACUCUCUUAAAUCCGGCUUUCUGUUAUAUCGUGUUGGCUACGGUGUAAGAGAGAAUUCUCUUAAACAGUAUCUCACUAUAAGAGAAUAUUCUCUUAUAUCGUAGACAAAACUAAAGGUCGUGAAACAGGGACUCUCGCGCACUGACUACACUCGAAUGCCAAAAUAGGUCAUGAAGAGAGCGUAUCAU